AUGGCGGCGGCCGGGCCCAGGGCCCCCGCUGAGGGCCGGAUGACCUUCGAGGACGUGGCCGUGUACUUCUCCCAGGAGGAGUGGGGGCUCCUCGGGGAGGCCCAGAGGCACCUGCACCGUGAGGUGAUGCUGGACAAUCUGCUGCUGCUGCUGUCGCUGGGUGGUUGUUACAGAGAAGCAGACGAGCCCCCUCCCGGAGACCCAGAAGACAGAGCGCCGCAGCCCAGCGCCGCGCGGCCUGAUCCGUCCUUCCCGAAGACGCCUUCCUGGGAAGAGUGUGUCACGGCGGCAAAAGGCCCUCUGUGGUGCCUGUCUGAGCACCAGGGAACGCACGCUGGGCCGGAACCGUGCCUUCGCGGGGCCUGUGGGAAGCUGCUUUCUCUCGGUCCGCACCUGCACCGGCACCAGAAGCAGCACGGUGGCGAGAAACGUGCCAGAGCGGAGAGCAGGGCCCUGCCUGUGAGGAGCUGCGAGAACCACGUGUCAGACGGGAUGUCCACCUGCGCAGAGCGGGCAGGGUGCAGCCCGGAGCUCGUCCAGCGCCAGGCAGCCCGCGGCGGAGCGCGUCCCCAGAGGUGCAGGGAGAACAGGGAGGCCUCUCAGGCUCUGCAGAGGCCUCCCGAGGGUAGCAGGCGUGGGCAGGCCUUUGGCAUGAAGCGUCAAUUAACGAAGCGUCAGGGAGUUCACGCUGGAGACAAACGUUACGAGUGUAAGGAAUGCGGGAAGUUUUUUAGACACAACUCCAGUCUCUCUCACCACCGAAAGGUUCACGACGGAAAAAGGCCGUACGAGUGCAGCGAAUGUGGGAAGUCCUUCGUCUAUAAAAGAGUGUUUCUGGAGCACCACAGGAUCCACACUGGAGAAAAGCCUCAUAAAUGUAGCGAGUGCGGGAAGUUCUUCCGGCAGAGAUCCACCCUCAGGGAACACCAGAGACGCCACGGUGGGGAGAGGCUUUAUAAGUGCAGCGCAUGCGAGAAGUCCUUCCCCCACAAGGGGAGACUCCGCGAACACAAGAGCAUCCACACUGGAGAAAGGCUUUAUGAGUGUGGCGAGUGUGGCAAACGCUUCAGACAGAGGUCCACUCUCAGUACACACAGGAAGCUUCACGGUGGAGAAGGGUCUCCCAAGGGCCGUGAAUGUGGGAGAUCCUUCCUCACCUCCCACUACCUUGAUCACCAGCGAGUUCACGCUGGAGAAAAGCCUCGUCAGUGCAGCACAGGCGGGAAGCGCUUGAACAGAAGGUUUCACUGCAUUGAGCACGAACAGGGUUUGCACUCAGGAAAAGCCUUGUGGGUGUAGUGAACGUGGAAAAUUCUUUAAACACGUUGUAAGCUGCUUGUACCGCCAGUGAGUUCGCACCGAGGCCUUGUGAGUACAGUGCCUGUCGGAAACCCUCGGCCUUCCGGAGAACCCUGGAUGCCAGAGAAUCCACUCUGGAGAAGAGCCCGCGAUGCAACAAAUGGGGGACAGCCUUCAGUGGUGGGUGUUUGUCAGGCCUCAGAAAUUGUGCCAGAAGGUCUUCACGGCACGUCCUGUCGCUGUGUUCAGAAUAAGUCUCCACAGGGUGGACUUUCCAGUGGCUCCAUCAAGCAGAAGGAGAGCCCCGUACAGCUGCAGAAUGCCAGUGGGGUCACUCAGUGCCAACUCCGGUACUUGGGAACUUGGGGGUGGCUGCGUGAGACCCUCCGGCACCAGGGGACUGUCGUAGAGGUGAUCUCAGCUCCCUGUGGCAGUUCCCCAUCAUGGUGGUUACUCUCCAGAGGUACUCAUCUCUGUUCUCUAAAACCUUGAGGGAAUUUUGAGGAAGUUUAUUGGAGGAGAUCCCUUUUCAUCCUGCCCGACACAGACUAGACCCAGUUUUGGCUCAGAGGAUUCGUCUGGGGUCUCCUAGUAAAUUGCAGGAGCUUGUUUUUGUUUUUUUGUUUUUCUUUUUAAGAUUUAUUUAUUUAUGAUAAUGAGAACUGGGGUAUAGGCCAGCAGAAGCUUGUUUUUAUGGAUACUGUUUUUUAUGGGAUUAUUGUGGAUUCACUUUUAUUCCAUGUUAUAGGGAAACUGUCUGCCUCGUCAUAAGCUGAUCUAUGUACUAAUAAACAUCUCAUGUUUCAAGACACCUUUUUUUCCCAAAGAGUUAUUUAUUUAUAUACACAAGAACUGGGGUACAGUCAGGAGGUGCGGAGGGUUGAGAGGAUUCACCAGAGAUAAAGUGGGGAGCAGCACAGGCAGACCCACUGAAAUCCACUGCUGACGGGAGCAGCAGGGAGACAGGAGAGGUCUGCUGCGCCAUGUGGGUAGCUCCCUGCCCGGCUGGCAAUUGAACUUGUGCUUCAGAGGCUGCAGACAGCUUCACAGUGCUGUGCUCAACACCUUGCGCCACCAGGGAGGCCCUGCUUCAAGACUUUAAAUCUGAGUUUUCCUUUCUUCAGCCAACUGCUUGUAGAGAACUUUGCAUGAGGUAGUAGAGCAGAUUAGGGGAGAGGUGUGCAGCAGCUGUGGGGACUAGGAACAGUUGGACCACAUCAUGUAACAGUGUGUCUGGGUGGCUCGUUUGGCCUGGUUCUGUAUGAACUGUUUGCACUGGGUGGCGGCCUGGUGCUGUCCAAGGCCAAGAGUGUAGCUUGGUGGGUUAGACCACAUCCAUUUUGUAAUGGCCGCUCUGGUCACAUGGAAAUUUGAUGGCGGGUGGUUAAAUACUCGCUCUACUAAGCUCCAGCAGCAAAUAAAAAGCCUUUUUUUUUUUUUUAAGUAUUCAUGCGUUCAAGAA